CUCCCCUCCCGGCCCCGCCCCUCCCCUCGGAGCGGCUCCGGAAAUGGUCGUGCUGGGCUUCGCUGCGGCUGCGUUGGGCCUCGCUCCCCGGACUGAAGGCGACUGAAAGAUAGUAAAGGGAUCCUUAUGCAGCAACACGUGAAAUGAACAAAGCUCCACAGCCCUCAGGAGGAACCCCAUCAGCCCCACACCCCUCCCCUUCUCCUGGACUUCCACAGCAGUCAGCAUUUCCUCCUGGCCAGGCGGCACCUGUGGUUUUUAACCCAGCGCAAGCUACCCAAAUGAAUACGCCUUCCCAGCCUCGACCGUUUCCAGCAGGGCCGCGUUCUUUACAUCAGCAGGGCGGAUUCAGGUCUCUCCAGCAUUUCUACCAGAGCAGGGCCCAGCCACCGACCAGUGCUUCCCGGGUGCAGAGUAACACGUCGGCUCGGCCUGGCCCACCCACUCAUGUUUAUCCAGCUGCUUCCCAGGUCAUGAUGAUCCCUUCACAGAUCUCCUAUCCUGCUUCGCAAGGUGCCUACUACAUCCCUGGACAGGGUCGCAACACAUACGUUGUUCCGACGCAGCAGUAUCCUGUUCAACCUGGUGCCCCCAGCUUUUACCCCGGAGCCAGCCCUACAGAAUUUGGCACUUUUGCUGGUGCAUAUUAUCCUGCGCAGAACGUGCAACAAUUCCCAACUUCCCAAGUCAUGAUGAAUCCUCAACCACCGGUCCCGCCAAAGCGAGAGCGCAAGACAAUCCGAAUACGAGAUCCAAAUCAGGGUGGCAAAGAUAUCACAGAGGAAAUAAUGUCUGGCGCUAGAACUUCUUCUACCCCAACUCCUCCUCAGGCCGGAAGCGGUUCAGAGCCACAGGCCAACGGGGAGACACCUCACGUAGCAGUUAUUGUCCGCCAAGAUGACCGUUCCAAGACCGGCCCAGUAGUAAGUAAACCGGUAUCCUUGGAGACUAGUAAAUCGGCUUCCCCAUCUCCCCCUCCGCCCCUAACCGAGGUGGAGCCUGUGCAGCCGGCCACUGUGACGCUGGUGCGCCCAGAGAGCCCUGUUGCCGUGGACACUAGAGAGGAGCUGCUGGAGGUCCCUGAAGACAUCCUCGAGCCCGUUAGUACCACCACUACAGUGCCAGGAGGGCUUGUGCCCCCUCCGGAGUCCUUUGUUUUGGACACAGAACCUCAGGAAGAGGUCGCUGCUAGCCCUGUUUUGGAGAUUCCUUCCCAGCCGCCCCCAGAAACACAGGUGGACGAAGAGGUGGUAGCAGAAGAGACGGUGGUGGUUACCCAACCGGAGGCUGUUCAACCCGAGGAGCCUCCCGUAACGCUGCCGUGCGCCCCUCCCGCUCCUUCUCCUCCGCUGGAGGAGGUGGCCGAAGGGGAGGCCGUCGAGUCGAAUGGGGUCUUAGAGGAGGAGCUGCUGGAGGCAACGCCCGAGGUGCCCCCGUGUGAGCCAGAACCAGCCAUGGAAUCCCCCAUUGCUCAGCCGGAAGAGCAGGCAAUCCCUGCAGGGCUUGAGACCCCAGAGAAAAUAGAGGCCGAAGAGCCGGAGGAACAGCCCGAAUCGGAUAUCAGCCCCAUCUCUGAACCCGAAGAGGUGAAGCCCGAGGAGGUGAUUGUCCCAGCGGCCGCGCCUGCUGUAGAAGAGGAGGCGGAGCCAGAGGAGGAAGUGGAGGAGACGGUCGAGGUCCCGGAGCAGAUUGCCGAACCGGUGGCUGCACCCUUGGAGACCACGGAAGUGACGACGCAAGUAGCCGUAUCGGUGCCAAAGAGGAAGCGAAAGUUGAAGGAUCUGAACAAGAAGGAAGCCGUUGGAGAUUUGCUGGAUGCGUUCAAAGAGGUCAGCGAGGGGGGCUCUGAGACUGAGAACAACCCCCCAGUGCCAGCCCCGGAGCCUGAGGAACCUGUCCCAGCUCGCUCCCAGGAGGAACCUGAGGAGUCGUGGGAACAGAAGGAGGAUAAGAUGGAUCCCGAGAAGGUCAAGCAAGCGGAUCAAAAGUACCGCUACAAGGAAGAGCAGUGGAAGCCCUUGAACCCCGAAGAAAAGAAGAGAUACGACCGGGAAUUCCUGCUGGGGUUUCAAUUUAUGUUCGCCAGCAUGCAAAAGCCGGAAGGGUUGCCCCAUAUCAGCGACGUGGUCUUGGAAAAGGUGAAUAAGAUGCCCCUGCGUCCCCUGGACCCUGUACGUUUGAGCACGAUGAACUGUGGACCAGACUUCACGCCCUCGUUUGCCAAUCUGGGCCGUCCAACCCCACCCAACCGUGGGCCGCCGCCUGGGCCAGGACAACGGCGUUCCCAGCAAAGCCUGCGGAAGGAGCCUCGGAAAAUUAUUGCCACGGUCUCUUUGAAUGAAGAUGUUAAGUUGAACAAGGCUGAGAAGGCUUGGAAACCCAGCAGCAAGCGGGCCACUGAAGUAGAAGAUCCUGAGAACAUAAAAACUCAGGAGCUCUUCCGACGUGUGCGCAGCAUUCUCAACAAGUUGACACCGCAGAUGUUCCAGCAGCUGAUGAAGCAGGUCACCGAGUUGUCCAUCGACACAGAAGAACGCCUCAAGGGCGUCAUUGACCUCAUCUUCGAGAAGGCCAUCUCUGAGCCAAACUUCUCUGUUGCCUAUGCCAACAUGUGCCGUUGCCUUAUGGGGCUAAAAGUCCCCACUACUGAUAAACCUACCGUCAUGGUGAACUUUCGCAAGGUACUCUUGAACCGCUGCCAGAAAGAGUUUGAGAAAGACAAGGAUGAUGAUGAGAUUUUUGAGAAGAAGCAGAAGGAGAUGGAUGAAGCAGCUACCCCUGAAGAGAAAACGCGCCUAAAAGAGGAGCUGGAUGAUGCGAGGGACAAAGCCCGCCGGCGGUCCCUUGGCAACAUCAAGUUCAUUGGGGAACUCUUCAAGCUGAAGAUGCUGACGGAGGCCAUCAUGCACGACUGCGUGGUGAAGCUGCUGAAGAACCACGAUGAGGAAUCCCUGGAGUGUCUCUGUCGGUUGCUCACGACCAUCGGCAAAGACCUGGACUUUGAGAAGGCCAAGCCUCGAAUGGAUCAGUACUUCAACCAGAUGGAGAAAAUAAUUAAGGAGAAGAAAACGUCCUCGCGGAUCCGGUUCAUGUUGCAGGAUGUGAUUGACCUCAGGCGGAACAGUUGGGUACCAAGGAGAGGAGAUCAGGGUCCUAAGACCAUUGACCAGAUUCACAAGGAAGCCGAGAUGGAGGAACACCGGGAGCACAUUAAAGUGCAACAGCUGAUGUCCAAGCAGGAUAAGAGGAGAGGGCCUCCAUCAUCUGCAGGGGGACGAGGAAACUUAGUAUCAGAUGACGGUUGGAACACCGUUCCCAUCAGCAAGGGUAACCGGCCCCUUGACCCCAGCAGGUUAACCAAGAUCACUAAGCCUAGUUCAAUUGACACUAAUAGUCAGCUCUUUGCACCUGGUGGACGACUAAGCUGGGGGAAAGGCAGCAGUGGUGGUUCGGGUGCCAAACCUGCUGAACCAGCGGCUGCUGACACCAACCGUCCGGCCACGAGUACUUUGAAUCGUUUUUCAGCCUUACAACAGUCGGCUCCUGCAGAGAGCCAAGAUGUUCGGCGUGUGGUUCAAAGAAGCAGCAGCAGCCGCGACCGCUCCGAAAAAGGCAGCGAGCGAAGUGAGAGGGUAGAGCGGGCGGAACGAGGCGACCGCGUGGAGCGGAGCGAGAGAGUAGAGCGGGCGGAGAGAAACCGAACCCCGGUCACCAAACGCAGCUUCAGCAAAGAAAUGGACGACCGGAGCCGGGAGCGCGAACGGCAAGGAGUCCUUGAAACAGUGCGCAAAGUGGCUAGCAUGACGGAAGAGCGGGACCGAAGCAGAGAACCUGCAAAGCGUGAGCCGGUGGCUCCCGAACCGCCCGCCAAACCUGCCUUAUCCGAGGAAGAGCUGGAGAAGAAAGCCAAGGCCAUCACUGAGGAAUACCUACACAUCAAUGAUAUGAAGGAAGCUCUGCAGUGUGUACAGGAACUGGGCUGCCCCACUCAGCUCUACAUCUUUGUCCGGAAUGGCAUCGAGUCCACGUUAGAGCGAAGCACCAUCGCUCGCGAGCACAUGGGCCUGCUGCUCUACCACUUGGUCAAGGCAAGCCACCUCUCCAAGGAGCAGUACUACAAAGGACUGCAAGAGAUCCUGGAGAUCGGGGAAGACAUGGAGAUUGAUAUACCCCAUAUAUGGCUGUACUUGGCAGAGAUUAUCACCCCCAUUUUGAGAGAAGGCGGAAUUCCCAUGGAGGAGCUCUUCAGGGAGAUCGCCAAGCCCCUAGUCCCUAUUGGCAAGGCCACAACUCUAUUAGUGGAAAUCCUGGGCCUACUUUGCAAAGGAAUGAGCCACAAGAAGGCAGGAACAUUAUGGAGAGAAGGUGGACUGAGUUGGAAAGAGUUUCUGCCGGAGAACCAGGAUAUCAAUAAGUUCAUCACAGAGCAGAAAGUCGAAUCCAUGGGCGAUAGUUCGGAUGCUCCUAGUCGGAAGGAGCUCACCUCUGAAGAACUCUGCAGACAGCUAGAUAAGCUAUUAAAAGAAAAUGCCAAUAACCAAAGAAUAUAUGAUUGGAUUGAGGUAAACCUGAGUGAACAGCAGGUCUCCUCCAUUAUGUUUAUCAGGGCCCUGAUGAUGUCAGUGUGCCAUUCCGCCGUAUCGAGAAUGAAUCCUUACCGGAUGGACAAUCUUGUGAUUAAGAGCCGAGGCAAGCUGCUGCAGAAAUACUUGAGCGAUGAAGAUAAGGAGCUCCAGGCCCUUUAUGCUUUACAAGCCCUAGUGGUGAAGCUGGACCAGCCAGCAAACCUCCUCCGAAUGUUCUUCGAUGCCUUGUACGACGAGGACGUCAUUAAAGACGCCUUCUACAAGUGGGAGUCGAGCAAGGACCCAGCCGAGCAGCAAGGGAAAGGUGUCGCCCUCAAGUCGGUCACAGCCUUUUACACUUGGUUGCGUGAAGCUGAGGACGAAUCCGACAACAAUUGAGCAGCCCACAAGAGGGGAGGGUGGCGGGGGCAGACCGAACCUGCCCUGCGCUCUGGCCCCUCCUCGGAGCCUGGACUCCCUUGGGCGAUGGCGUGGGAAACGAGACGCGGGGCUGACCUCUGCCAACUUUUCUCCUGCCUGCCCUCAUAAGACUUAUUUUUUUUUUCUUUCCCUUUUUUUUUUCUUCUUUUUUUUUUUUUUUGGUUGGGAUUUUUUUUUUCUCCUUUUUUUUUUUUUCGUUUUAACAGCCUGUAUUGGUUUGUGUCUGACGAUAAUAAAUUGAUGCUCAAGGA